CUCGCUGAAGUGCAAACUGAAAACAACGACCUCUAGCUUUACUACACAAGUGUUUUAAAUCCCGAAUCGCGCGUCAAUGACGAAGUUCUUCUCAAUGAAUAAUGUGGAGCUCCGGCUGAAGGAUCCGUAGAGUCCAUCCCGCCUCUCGGUCCGCGGGAGCGCCGUUAACGCUGCAGGUGACAGAAACUGGACCAACCGGGCGAUGCUCCACCGUCCAACAACCCACGAAAGCAACAAACGCGCAUCUUCCUAUGGAAAUAGUGUGAUUUGGGAAUAGCCUGCUCCGUCGGUCAUGCUUUUGUGAAGCCUUCAUCAUGAAAUCCUCCAAAUAUCCAUCAAACACGCUCCUGGAAUUAACCGUCGUUUUUCUCUUCAUUCAGAACUCCAGGAUGGAAACCGAAGCAGCAUCCAUGAUGGCCACCAGGGCGAUGACAGAAGGUUGCCCUCUCGGCCAGUUUCCCUGUGGGAACAUGAGUGUGUGUUUGCCGCAGGUCCUUCAGUGCAAUGGUCACAGGGACUGCAAAAAUGGCGCAGAUGAAGAACACUGUGGGGACAACAGCGGAUGGGCGGAUAUCUUUGAUCGCACUAUUAAAAAGGCAGAGCCACAGGACCUUCCUAAUGACUGCUAUUUGCAGCAAUACCCGGAAAGCUGUUCGUGUAUAAAGACGGAGGUGGAAUGUGUGGACGUGAACCUGCAUGCCGUCCCCGUCCUUUCCUCCAAUGUGACUUGGUUGUCUCUGAAGAACAACAGGAUCAGGAAUUUGGAUGAUUACAUCUUCUCCAGAUACACACAAAUGCAGAGACUAUUUCUUCAAAACAACAUCAUUGAGACGGUCUCAAGCCGAGCCUUCAGUAGAUUAUUCACUCUACAGAGACUGUUUCUCAGCCAAAACAACAUAACCUAUUUAGGACCGGGUGUAUUCAGAGAUCUACAUAAGCUAGACUGGCUAGUCUUAGACCACAAUCCUCUUAAACACAUCACCCGUGAUACAUUCAUCGGUCUGAGGUCACUGACAUAUCUGUCUAUGGUGAAUGUGUCUCUGAUGUGGCUUCCCAAUUCCAGUCUCUGUCAGCACAUGCCUCUGCUCACCUGGCUGGACUUUGCGGAGAAUCACAUUGAGUUGCUGAAUUAUUCCACUCUGAUGACGUGCACAGAGCUCACAGUGCUAUCAUUUCAUGACAAUAAUAUCAAGAUCCUUCCAGAAAACACCUUUCAUUCUCUUGGAUCACUGGCUGAACUAGAUCUGUCCUGCAACAGGAUUUCCAAACUUCCUAAAAACACUUUUAAGAGUUUGAAAUAUCUGAAGAAACUGAACAUAUCCCACAAUCCUUCGCUCCAUAUUCACGCCGGGCACUUCGAUCACCUGGUGCAGCUUCAGUCUCUGAGUCUGGAGGGCAUUGAAAUUCCUAAUAUAACCACCAAGAUGUUUCUUCCGAUGGGGAAUCUGUCCCACAUAUAUUUUAAGGACUUUCAGUACUGUUCCUAUGCGCCACAUGUACGGAAAUGCAAACCUAACACAGAUGGGAUUUCGUCAGUGGAAGACCUGUUAGCCAGCCUGGUUCUGCGGGUGUCUGUGUGGGUUAUGGCCUUCAUCACAUGCUUUGGGAAUCUCUUUGUUAUCGGGAUGCGCUCUUUCAUUAGAGCUGAGAACAACCUGCAUGCAGCCUGCAUCAAAGUCCUGUGCUUUGCUGACUGUCUGAUGGGCGUCUACCUUUUCUUCCUGGGGAUAUUUGAUGUGAAAUUCCGCGGCGAAUACAACCGGAACGCUCUGAUCUGGAUGGACAGCGUUGAAUGCCGAACAAUUGGCUUUCUCGCCAUGCUCUCCUCUGAAGUCUCCGUUCUCCUCCUAACCUACUUGACAUUAGAGAAAUUCCUGGUCAUUGUUUUCCCGUUUAGCCAUCUGAGACCUGCCAAGCUGCAGACGGUGCUGAUUCUGGCUUUCAUCUGGUUUCUGGGAUUUGUCAUAGCAGCUGUUCCCUUGUUAAAUGAAGACCUGUUCGGGAAUUAUUACGGGCGAAAUGGAGUUUGUUUCCCUCUCCACUCCGAUAGGCUGGAGAAACCAACGGCCAAAGGAUACUCCACUGGGAUAUUUCUUGGUCUCAAUCUGGUGGCGUUUCUGGUGAUCGUCAUUUCCUACUCCAGCAUGUUUUGCUCCAUUUAUAAAACGGGCAUUAACGCCACAGAUGUGCGCAGUCGACUACACAAGGAUGUGGCUGUGGCGAAUCGCUUUUUCUUUAUUGUGUUCUCUGACGCCCUCUGCUGGAUACCCAUAUUUUUGGUCAAAACGCUCUCUCUGAUGAAGGUUGAGAUUCCAGGGACGAUAAACUCCUGGGUGGUGAUCUUCAUUCUCCCCAUAAACAGCGCUCUUAACCCCAUCCUCUACACCCUGACCACCAGCUUCUUCAGAGAGCAAGUGGAGCUGCUCCUUUGCCGCUGGCAGCGUCGCUCUGCCACAAAGAAAGACCGCAAGAGCGUCACCAGCUCCACCAUCUACAUGGAGACCUCCCGAAAUCCAGAAUACCCUGCAAAGAAUUCUUUACCACGACUGUCUUUGGCUGACAUGGACAACCAAUAUGGGUGAAAGAGCCAACAGGUAUCAUAGCGUAGGUCUAUCAUAAUCAUUAUCUGCAAUCAGACCCGAGAAUGACAGGCUUUCCUGGAACAAUUUAAGUGAAAGGAUGGCGCUGUGAUUCCUGUCGUUCGGGAUCCAAAAUGGAGAGCUCUUUGUAGACGCAUGACCUUAGCUACACUGUUUUCUCCAUUAGGAGAAGCAUUUUUAUUCACUUAAGCUGAGAUAAGAGCCUCAGAUCCCUCCAGCAGCCAUUACCAACAGCUAAACAGCAUGUCUGGCUCACAAAUGUUGAGCUCGGCUUGUUGUUUGUCAAAAAAAAAAACUUCUGGGGAAGUACAUCUGCAGAAACAACGCACAAGACUGCAGUAGCACAUCUUUAAGAUAUCAAAAAUAACUUCAAAGCAUCAUUUACAUGAAGGACUUUUAUUUUUUAAAUGUGAUGGGUUUUGGGAAGGAAGUUAUUUGUAAUGUACAGCAAUGGGUUUUUAUGCUUGCUCUGCCAUUUCACAGAAAAGGCACAUUAAGAGGGAUUGUCUUUGCCAACAACAUGCAACAAAAAAAAAC